GCGCGGCUGCUAAGGGUUUAUUCGGCCCGUGAUCGGAUCGAGCCUCAUCAAAAAUUUCGCGUCUUCCUAUAGAUACCAGAAUACGGCUUAGAAUGACUUCACUCUAUAGUUGAUGAACACUUAAGGCACUCUCCUUAGCUCUCUGCCCUGAUGGACUGGCUUUGAGAUAACUGUGGUUCGGAUCAAGAAACUUCGGACUACUCCAAACAUUUGCGACGUGGCAUCGCUCUUGACUCACAUAAGCACCCGCAUUUUGUGUCUAAAAUAUUUUGGUUCUCCGCCCAGUCACCAUGGCUUCCAGGCGGAUUUUCAAUAUAAUCGUUUUGACGUCGACAUUCUGGUUUUCUGUCACAGUUCUGGUCUUGAUGUUUACGAGUGAGGUUACAAGGGAUUCACUUACGAUGCUCAACGCUCCUGUAAUAUCUGACACUAAGAAUCAAUACAUGAUUCACGCUGGUGUUCAACCGCUUCAACCGCUACAUAAGCACAUUAAAUACCCUUGGGAGAAAGACGAGAACAAGGACAUAAAUAGGGGGCUAAUCGUCAGCGCUGCUAACGCUAUGAUCGGCGUUUUUCCUCGCAAGUAUAAAGGCGGAAAUAGAAAAGUGUAUGAUGCUUCUAUAGGGAAGAUGAGAAAUACGCAUCAGCUCGGAGGUGGAGGAAAACCCGCUUUUCUAGAAUCAGAAGAGAAUAAAAAACUGGCGGAGAAAUACUUUGCUAACCAUUCUUUCAAUUGGUUACUAAGUGAUAAAAUUUCUCUGGAUCGAACAUUAGACGAUGUGCGAAGUGAAAGAUGUAAAGCCAAACACAACACAUACCCAGCAAAGUUGCCUACUACGAGCGUCAUUAUCUGUUUUCAUAAAGAAAGGUUAUCAGUUUUAUUACGUACAGUCCAUAGUGUGAUAAAUAGAACCCCACCAGAGUUACUGGCAGAGGUUAUUGUUGUGGAUGACUUCAGCCAAGAUGCCAAAUUGGGGAAGCCAUUAGAUGACCACGUUGCUCAAUUCACCAAGGUGAAAGUCCUGAGGAUGAAAAAGAGAGAGGGCCUUGUUCGCGCUAGACUCCAAGGAGCCAACACAGCCAAAGGUGAUGUCCUGACCUUCCUUGACUCCCACUGUGAAGCCACACCUGGAUGGGCUGAACCCUUGCUGGCAAGGAUUGCUGCAGAUAGGAGAAAUGUGGUGUGCCCAGCUAUUGAGGUCAUAAACGCUGACACCUUCGCUUAUCAAGGCUCUACAAAUGCUGACCAGAGAGGGGGGUUUAGUUGGGAUCUGUUUUUUAAGUGGAAAGGCAUCCCUCCUGAAGAACAAAAGCUAAGAAAUGAUGACUCAGACCCCAUUAGGACUCCCACAAUGGCUGGUGGUCUUUUCUCCAUACAUCGCCAGUACUUCUUUGACAUUGGUUCUUAUGAUGAGGAGAUGGAUAUCUGGGGUGGGGAAAACCUGGAAUUGUCUUUCAGGGUUUGGAUGUGUGGUGGGCGACUAGAGAUCGUAACAUGUUCGCGGGUUGGGCAUGUUUUUCGCAAAUAUACCAGUCCCUACAAAUUUCCUGAUGGAGUAGAGAGGACCCUCACCAAGAAUUUCAACCGCUUGGCUGAGGUUUGGAUGGACGAGUAUAAAGAUCUCUACUACAACAAAAAGCCACAGGCUAAAAAUAGUGAUUAUGGUGAUAUCAGCAAACGUUUGGAACUCAGGAAAAGGCUAAAAUGCAAGAGCUUCAAGUGGUAUAUCAAUAACAUCUAUCCUGACGUGCAAAUGCCAGAGCUGGACCCACCAGCUCGGGGAGAGGUCCGCAACCCUUCUAGUAACCAGUGCCUGGAUUCACUUGGUGCCAAGCCGGAGCAUAAUGCACGUGUUGGAAUUUAUACCUGCCACGGCCAGGGAGGGAACCAGAUGUUCAUUUUAUCGUCUAAAGGAGAACUCAUUUUUGAGGAGGAGAACUGUUUCGAUGUAUCUAAGACUCAUCCUGGGGCCCCUGUGGAGCUGAUGAAAUGUCACGGCAUGCGUGGGAACCAGGAGUGGAAACACGACCGGGAAAAGGGCACACUAAUGCACUUUACGACACAACAGUGUUUGGAUAGAGGAUCUCCUAGCGACCAGUAUGCCGUCAUGAACCCGUGCGACGGACGUGAGUCCCAGAGAUGGGUGUUCUCGCACUACAGGCAACCCAAAUAGAGUCACGCAUCCAUACCCCAUUCAAGCAUUUGUUGAUCCGACACGCAUCUACCCCCUCCGUCAGAUCCUUUAGAUCUCUGGAAGAUGGCAAUCGACAACUGUACAAAGGCAUGUCUCUACAGAUCAAGUCAUUUUUAACCAUGUGGAAGUCUCCAAACAGCCUAGCCUGUGUUGGUCCUACCUCCACAGAUAGACGCUCGUCUAUAGAUAGCAACACCGUCGUGGAAUGCCUCCCCUGCAGCCCUGCGCGCCAUGACCUUUGAUGCCCCUAUGACUCGUACCCAGAUUCUAACGAGGGAAAAAGAGUCAAAAGCAAAGCAUCAUGGGCAGGUCGAAGAAAAUCCCUUUUUCAUCUUGCCCGUGAUGCGUUUUUACGCUCUGGCGACUGGGUACGAGUGUGAUGUUAAUCAAGUAAUGGUAACCAGGUCGUUAUGACUUGCCCUCUAUGAAAUGCACUUUCGUCCCUCUAGGAAUAAAUAACUUAAAAUUAUAAAGAAAAUUUUAAAAGUAAUCUAGUUGAAAGACAGUCCCCCUCGCAGCCGUUCUGGACUCCUCAGCUGGAACUGGAGCUCAAGCACCGCCUAGCGUGACGAGUCCAACUUGAGCUCAAGCACCGCCUAGCGUGACGAGCCCAACUUGAGCUCAAGCACCGCCUAGCGUGACGAGUCCAACUGGAGCUCAAGCACCGCCUAGCGUGACGAGCCCAACUUGAGCUCAAGCACCGUCUAGCGUGACGAGUCCAACUGGGACUCAAGCACCGCCUAGCGUGACGGGUCCAACUUGAGCUCAAGCACCACCUAGCGUGACGAGUCCAACUUGAGCUCAAGCACCGCUUGGCGUGACGAGUCCAACUGGAGCUCAAGCACCGCUUGGCGUGACGACUCCAACUGGAGCUCAAGCACCGCCUGGCGUGACGAGUCCAGACCGGCUGCUAGGGGGACUAUUUUAAAGUACAAAUUAAUAUUCUGCAGCUAUUUGGUACAAAAUCUGAGUGUCUAAAAAUAAUUGAUAUAUUUUAUGAAUUUUAUAAGACAGUUUAAAAAGUUUGUAAAAAAAACGAGACAAAUAAAAAGACCACAAAUAA